ACAAAAAAGGCAAUUUAGUUCGUAUUUAUAACAAAUAGAUAAGAUAAUAAAGAAAUUCAUAUCACAGUGUAAUAUCGUCAGUAGCGCUGUACUUCUGAAUCGUCUAAUAUUACUAUCAGUGUUUAGUGUGUUUAGAAAAACGAGCAUGAAUUCGCUAAGUAGAAUUACGGUUCUAAGUUCAAUUUUGCCGAAAAAUGCAAGAUUACUUGGAACAUCAAAUACACAAUUAAAUGCUGAUGAUGGAUGGCUUUCGAAACUUCUCGUACGAAAAAUUGAACCAACAAAGGAGUCUCACAGUCGAAUGCUUAGCGACAAGGAGAUUAUCUAUGCAUUACAUACACACAACAUUCGGCCUGAUUCUGUUGAUAAAUAUCUAAAGAACUACAAAACUUCAGUAGCUCUUGUGGAAUCCAAGAAGUCAGAGAUUGGCUGUGAGCUGGUGGGGUCAUGGACUGUUUCUGUGGGAGACAUGGAUCAGGCAUUGCAUUUAUGGCGUUAUGUGGGAGGAUUUGAGAAGAUUGAUAAGGCUAAGAUUUUGUUUAAGGAAAAUCAGGAAAUCCGUACCUUAGAGAAGGAACGGGGUGACUUUGUGCGGUCUCGUCACCUGCAAUACCUGCUUGCAUUCAGCUUCUGGCCAACAGGAGAGCCUCGCUCUCCGAGCAACAUCUACGAAAUAAGAUCUUACAGUUUGAAGCCAGGCACAAUGAUCGAGUGGGGCAACAACUGGGCCCGGGGGCUCACAUACCGCCGCGCUAAGAACGAGGCCUUCGCCGGCUACUUCUCUCAGAUCGGGCGUCUGUACAACGUUCAUCACAUUUGGUGCUACAAGGACCUGCAGGCGCGGCGCGAGACCCGAGAGAGCACGUGGCGCAACCCCGGCUGGGACGAGUGUGUGGCCUACACUGUGCCGCUCAUCCGGGAGAUGCACUGCCGGAUCCUCGAGCCCACCGAGUUCUCUCCCACCCAGUGAUCGGACCAUCCCCCGCCUGCUAUGAACAAAGGAACUUCUCGCCCACCCGGUCUAAUAUACUCCGCCCUGCUGCAUCAAUAACAAAUCACCUUGCUUUACUUAUUACAAGCAAGGUACCAAGCCUAAAUUACUAUAUCAUAUUGUUCUGGUAGAACUUUACACAUAUCACUGCCACACAUAGUGUCAAUCAUAUAAAUGCGCAAUACUUCUCAAGAUAUUUUGUAAUUAAAGUUUUUGAAAAAUUAUUCACUAACGAAUGCAUAGAUAUAAACGUUAAUGCUUAUUUUUCAUACUAUACAGUUAAUUAUAGGCGAAAUCAAAUCAUAUUUCUAUAUUUUAUAUAAUAUUUUAUCGUAAUUACUAACUUCAGAUGUUGUAUAUAUAUUGCUUAAUACGUUAUAACUUGCCAACUUUACGUACAAAUAUAAUUUCGAGGUGGUUUUUAGUAAAAUGUAUUUGACAUUCGCGCAAUUAAUGGAUAUGCAAAAUGAACUACAUAACAAAUAUAUUGUAUUAAAGAAAGAUCUUGAAAUGCAGAGUUGCCCAAAUAACAUCAUUAAGAAUUCUAAUCAAAUUUGAGAAAAUUAAUGAUCUUGAAUUCAGAUUCAUUAAACGGUUUACAGUAGGUAUGCUAUUGUUAUUAUAUGCAUUCAAAGGGUCAUUAAAAUUAUAACAUGAAAUUCAAUACUAAGGGCAUAAUUAGAUGAAAAUAUAAUAUAUUCAUUUUAAUGUUAAUAAAUUAACAGUUUUUAGUAAUGUAUUCAUAUUUUAUGAAUUAGUAUCAAUCAAUGUGAGUUUAAAUAAUCGUUCCUGGUAGUGAUAAUCCUUAAUACCAAUAAUAAUUAUAUAAAUUAUAAUAAAACAGUUUCUAAUAACAUUUUUGUAUGUAAAAUUGAUCACUCGAUCUCGAAGUGAUGGACUCCUCCUAACUUCGAUAUAUCUGUAACAAAACGUGGUGUUACAUCACAAACAGAAUGUCUUUACAAAGUCAUAAUUAGCACUUAAGUAAACACGUAAAUGUAGAUGUAGGUUAUAUUUUAGAUUUUUUAUGAAUCUGUUAUGUAUGUUUUGUAAGAAUCAGAAUAUUAUCAUUGUAUAAUUACAAUAAAAUUUUGUUCAAAUACUUACAAUGUUGUACAGCCCAA